AUGAACACCCACACGUUUCUAAGCUUACAGGAUGUGGUCUAUUGGUGGAUUGAAUAUUUACCUUGUCUGUAGGACGGGGGACUGAAUCACUAUUCCUUAAAGCAUCGUGCAACUUACUACCCACCUCUAAAAUCGAGAUUUAAAAUUCUUUUUGUUAAAGGGGAGGUGCAUUGCCGAGGCCAGUUAAAUUUGAAGUCUCAUCAGAACAAAAACUUCCCAUGGAAACUUGCUUGACUGAAUCUUAAACACUUUUUUUUUUACAGUACAGCAUGAGGAUUGUUACCUAUUGAUCUUAAAACGCCUUCUAAUCUUCAACAUCUGUCAAUCCAGUGUUGGCUUUUCUCCGUUUUAUUCGUGCAUCAUAUAUUAGUGAACGUGCUCUUAUUUAUACACCUUCUGUUUCAAUGAGCUGUGAUUUCUCUGCUGUGAAUUGAUUCAGUACAGGUAAAUUUGUACACGAGCGACGUGGGGGAUCGAACCGCCGGCAAAUCUCGGGAGGCAUAGGGCAACGGACACCCGCUUUUACCAUUUUGCUGCUCUCUAAGGCUGUUGUGAUAAGGUAGCUCAUGGUUUAACCCAAGAAAUGUCCAUUGACUACCGUGUACGGAGGUACUGUGACGUCACGUAUUCCGAUAUAUCAAAUCUUUGGAGAGUGCUAAUCAGCAUCGGCGAUUAAGACGAGAUCUUUAAUGUUUGACGAAGAUGUAAAAAGAUAUAUAUCUUACGGAAAUCGCACGCUACAUCACCUGUGAUGGAUACAUAGAACCACUUUGAACUGAUGAAAUCAACAUAUUGAAAAAUAAUUGUUUAGUGUAGCAGUACAUUUCUACCUGAGAAGACGGCCUGGUGCCUUAUGAGACUACUACUGCAAAGGCUGAUUUGUCAUGGAAGACUAUAAUUUGAUACGGGUUAAAUUAAUCAAGAGACGACAAGAUGGAUUGGGUUUUCUUAUACGUCCUCGGAAAGCCCCGCCAUUUGUUUGUAUAUCCGCCUUGGUGGCCGGGGGGAUGGCGGAACAGAGUGGGUUGGUCCAUGUUGGUGAUGUCAUAACCCGUGUAAAUGAGAUUGACAUGUCAGAGACCAGCUAUGAAAACGCCGUAGAACUGUUAAAGGCUUUACCAAUUGAUGCCCCGGUCGCCCUACUUUUGCGAGGACCGGAUGGAUAUUCCACGCACCUUGAAACCACCUUUCAGGAAAACGGUGUUCCUAAGACUGUAAGAGUGACCAAAGUGGUCCCUACAAACGAUUCCCUCGUGGGCCGCAUACGGAGAACGUUCAGUCGCUCCCGAUCCCAGUCUCCCUCUAAUUACAGCAGGAACAAGGCUAACCGCAGCAAUAACAUAAUACCCAACUCGUCAGCAGAAAAGUGUCUGCACGACACAACUAUUGAGGAAAACUGUUUCAUGUGCCCAAUUGAGAGACAUUUUCCUAUGAGUUCAACAACAUUAGUUACCAGAAGCAGUGUGAUUGACGCCGGAGUGCAAACGGCCACCAACUCGCAGACCGAAGUUACUACUUCACAGUGUAACGGGGGAUCUCCAGCAAUAGUAGUGACACAAACCGACAGAUCCUCGUCAGGGACCCCAAAAACCAACCCCGAGGUAACUAAGAACUCAGCAGCGACAGAUCAUAAGCCUACUGAGGAACCCGGCAAUAAAAAAGUAGAGCAAAAUAUGGAUUCUAAAAUAAUACCGAAUUCCUCAACGACAUUGAAGGUGAACGGGGCAGGUCAGAACGGCCAUGCGAACGGAUGGUCUGAUGACGAGGCUCACAGUCCGUCUGCAAGAAGAAAGAGACCAGUGUCGGCAAAUUCCGCCAAAAAGUUCGUGAAGAUUAAAAAUGUUGCAGAUGAAAAGAUAGUGUAUACGGACACAUUACACAACAAGUCUUUAGAGAAUGUUCCCUGCAACUCAAAUCGGUGCUUGGGAUCGAUCAUGGGGUUCACCAGCAAUAAGAGAGGUCCGGGGGAACCCCGCCCAAAGGAGGAGGUAUUACUACAGGCCAAAGACUUCAUAGAGCAAUACUACACCUCCAUCAAAAGAAUUAACUCGCAAUCGUACCAUAAGCGGUUGGAAGAGGUGGUAGCCGCUAUCGAGAAGACGGGUACUUAUGAGCUCACUUCCAGUGAACUCACGUUUGGCGCGAAAACAGCGUGGCGAAAUGCUCCCAGGUGUAUCGGACGAAUUCAGUGGAAUAAACUACAGGUAUUUGAUGCAAGGCAUAUCACAACUGCAAGAGGCAUGUUUGAAGCCAUAUGCAACCAUAUAAAAUACGGAACCAAUAAAGGGAACAUAAGGUCUGCCAUAACCAUUUUCCCGCCCAGAACUGACGGGAAACACGACUUUAGAGUCUGGAAUGGCCAGCUGAUUAGAUACGCUGGAUAUAAACAGCCAGACGGUUCCAUUAUAGGAGACCCUGCAAAUGUGGAGUUCACAGAGGUUUGUGUGAAAAUGGGCUGGAAAGAGAAGGGCGGAAUGUGGGAUGUGUUACCGCUCGUGCUGCAGGCAAAUGGAAUGGACCCAGAACUUUUUGAAAUCCCCACAGAUUUGAUAUUGGAAGUGCCCAUCAAACACCCCAAAUUUCCCUGGCUGGUAGAGAUGGGAAUCCGCUGGUACGCACUGCCUGCCGUGUCUUGCAUAAUGUUUGAUUGUGGAGGACUGGAGUUUACAGCCGCGCCCUUCAAUGGCUGGUUCAUGGGGACAGAAAUCGGUGCCCGCGAUCUGUGUGAUGUUCAAAGAUAUGAUCUUCUGAAACCUAUUGCUGAAAAGAUGGGAUUAGAUACCAAGAAAAGUUCAUCCUUGUGGAAAGACAGAGCUUUGGUGGAGAUCAACAUAGCAGUGUUAUAUAGCUAUCAGCAACUUGGUGUUACAAUCACUGAUCACCACGCGGCCUCGGAAUCUUUCAUGAAGCACAUGGAGAAUGAACAGAAGGCGCGGGGUGGUUGUCCCGCGGACUGGGUGUGGGUGGUCCCUCCCAUGAGCGGUUCCCUCACAGAAGUGUUCCAUCAAGAGAUGUUACUAUACAAACUCAAACCUUCUUACGAGUAUAUGGACGAUCCAUGGAAGACACAUAUAUGGAAGAAAGAUCGUGACAGAAAAGUAUCAGGUGACCGACCUAAGCGCAAGUUUGGCUUCAGAGAACUCGCCAGGGCGGUUAAAUUUUCAGCUAAGCUGAUGGGUAAAGCAUUGGCAAGACGGGUGAAGUGUACGAUACUGUACGCAACAGAGACUGGGAAAUCAGAGCGGUUCGCGAGAUCUCUGUGUGAAAUCUUCAAACAUGCAUUCGACGCUAAGGUUAUGAACAUGGAGGAUUAUGAUCCUAUAUACUUGGAACAUGAGCAGCUGUUAUUGGUAGUCACCAGCACGUUUGGUAAUGGAGACCCGCCAGAAAAUGGUGAAGCUUUCGCUAAAAGUCUCCAUGAAAUGAAAACUCCACAAAACACUCAAAAUGGGGAACAUAUGUUCAUGUCCUAUUUCAAGAUGAGUACCCCGAGCGAAUCAGACGACCACGGUGAUACGUCACAAGAUGCGGCGGGAAACCUGGACGCAGACGUCGGCCCGCUGGCUAACGUUCACUAUUCGGUCUUUGGUCUAGGCUCCAGAGCAUACCCAAAUUUUUGUGCCUUCGCUCACUUUGUUGAUAAUAUGAUAAACUCUUUGGGAGGUAUGAGAAUAAACAAAAUGAUGGAGGGUGAUGAAUUAUGUGGUCAGGAGGAAUCGUUUAGACAGUGGGCAGAGGAAGCGUUUAAGGCUGCCUGCGAGACAUUCUGUGUGGGAGAUGACACCAGUAUCAGCGAGGCCACCAGUUCACUCUCCAAGACCGACUUCACUUGGUCCCCCGGGAAAUUCAGACUUACGCCUGCUGACAAAGAAACCAAAUUAACACAAGCUUUGUCCAAGGUUCACAAUAAAGCAGUGUUACCAUGUCGACUGAUGGAAAGAACUCAACUACAAUCACCUGAUUCAAACCGACAGACAAUCUUAGUAAAAUUAGACACAUAUGGCGCCUCUGAGCUUGCAUAUGUACCUGGAGAUCACGUGGCCAUCUUCCCGAAGAAUUCUCCAGAUAUGGUAGAAUCCAUUCUCUCUAGGCUACAGAACGCACCAUCGGGAGAUCAAAUAGUCAAAACCGAAAUACUGCAAGAAAAGUCCACUCCUUUAGGUUCUUCAAAGAUUUGGGAGCAGGUGGAGAAGAUUCCAAUAUGUUCACUGCGCACGGCUUUUUCUCGCUUCCUGGAUAUAACCACGCCCCCUUCCGUUAAUAUGCUGAAGCAGUUGGCAUCACAGGCGACACGGGAAAGCGACAAAAACAGACUCGAGAACCUCGCAAAUGACAUCCACGCAUAUGAAGACUGGAAGCAUGAACGGAAUCCAAAUCUAGUGGAGGUUUUUGAGGAAUUUCCCUCCCUGCGGGUUAACCCCACCCUCCUGAUGACACAACUCCCCCUGCUUCAGCAGAGGUUCUACAGCAUUAGCUCCUCCCCGAAGGCUUUCCCGGGAGAGAUCCACGCCACAGUGGCUGUGGUCAGAUACAACACAAUGGGUGGAGUUGGUCCUGUGCAUGAAGGAGUGUGUUCAUCCUGGCUGAAUAAAUGUGAUAUCGGUGAAACAAUUCCCUGUGUUGUUAGGAUGGCGCCAAGUUUCCAUCUUCCAGACGAUGCCACCCUACCACUUGUAAUGGUGGGUCCUGGAACCGGAAUUGCCCCAUUUAGAAGUUUCUGGCAGCAACGCAAAAUAGAGCGCGAGAUGCUGCCUCCCCCUUCACAUGGAGAAAAGAAGGGUUGGGGCGAGAUGAGUAUGUAUUUCGGCUGCAGACAGUCUACCAUGGAUCAUAUCUAUGAAGCUGAAUUAAGUGCAUGCGCAAAGGAAGGUGUUAUAUCUCAGGUCAAUGUUGCCUUAUCGCGGGAACCUGGAAAGAAAAAGCAAUAUGUGCAAGAUCUCUUAAAAGGCAACAGCCAACAAAUUUUUGACAAUAUAAUGAAGGAGGGUGGACAUUUCUAUGUCUGUGGUGACGUAGGAAUGGCGUCAGACGUAACGACAACUCUCUCAAAAAUAAUCCAAGAACACGGUAAAAUGACGUCAGAGCAGGCUCAGUCCUACCUGUUGAAACUAAAAGAAUCAAAUCGUUUCCAUGAAGAUAUAUUCGGUGUCACCGUCAAAGCGGAAGCGACAGAUAGGGCACGUGACCAAGCGAAGAAAGCAUGGAAGUAUAUCAACUCCACAAAUAAAGCAACUCGAACGGAUGAAGUCGUCACUCGGAUUCCAUCGGCGGAAAUUACCAUCCAGAGUCGGACGCCACGACCCCCUUCGAGAAGCCGUUCCCACAUGGUGUAUACGGACAUUGAGGGCUCUUUGUACGAGAGUGCGGACUCCAUGUCCCCUGAACACUGACCGUGGUCAAUAACCAACCUUUGAUAUAUAUACUUUCUUGGAUUUUAAUUUUAAUCGAUUUUAAAGAGGUUUAAUCGUUUUGAUAAAACCACUUUGUUAAUUUUAUUAUAAAAUAUAAGUUUCAUUGAUUAAUAUGUAGCAUGUACAUGUAUUUUAAUAUUAUAUUGUAUCGUAUUUUUUGUUGUUUUUUUUGUUUGCUGUUGUUGUUUUAUGAAUCUACAAUACAAGCCAUUUUAAUUUCCUUAUAACUUAUAUAAGUCUCAUACACUGCCAAGGUGAAUCCGAUGUCAGAAAUAAGAAAAUAAAUUUCUUACUGUUUGUUUUUCUAUGAUGAUCAGAUAAGUAAAGAGAAAUAGAAAAUGUUGAGAUGUCACAGUCAUAAAUCAUUAUAUUCAAUUUCAUAUUUGUAAAGAAUGAUCUAUCUAAAAUGUUUCAAAACAAUAGUCUGAAAUUAUACAUGCACCAAAAAAAUAUCAAAUAUCAAUAAAUGCCUUUACGCUUAUUAAAUUUAUUUGUAGUCUUGUAUUACACCUUGAUUUUUUAAAAUAAAGAUUUUUUUUUCCAUUUUUUUUCUCUUCAUAUACUUUUAUUUUUCUAAUCCUUUACAUUUGUUUAUGAAGUUCAUAAAUUCCUAAUAAUUUUUCUGAUCUUGUUCUUAUUAGAGCCAUAUAUUUGUAUUACUAAAUGCUUUUACACUGCACUUUAAAUAUUAUAUUUCAAAAUACACAUAAGACAUGUAUCAGGCAUUUUAUUAACAAGAAUACCAUAUUUCUUAUAUUAUUGGAGCAUUUUCCGUACAGGUGUACUUUUAUACUGCAUCAAUAUAACCCUGUAUUGCCUCAUUUCUCAAAUCCAUGAUAAUCGUGCCGAUCUGCAGAACACAUAUAUCGAUGUCAGUUUUGCUAGUUCGUAUAUAUUCGUUUCUACAGUUUAAUUUGACUUUCUUUCAGUUUUAUGUUAUUACUUGAUCAUUGUGAUGUACAUCAUACACCCUCGACUGUUUAAAUGUAUCUUACAUUCUUAUUCAAUACUGAGUGCAAUACUUUCUAUUAAGCUUAUAAUUAAUUAAACAGUACAAACUUCAA